AUGGCUUGUGUUCAUGAUGAUAACGGAAGAGUCCGAAUACAGCACUUCUAUAAUGUUGGUCAGUGGGCUAAAGAAAUCCAGAGAAAUCCUGCUAGAGAUGAGGAAGGGGUUUUUGAAAACAAUCGUGUCACGUGUCGAUUCAAGCGUCCUGUCUAUGUUCCCCGAGAAGAAACCAUCGUAGAUUUGCACUUGAGUUGGUACUACCUGUUUGCUUGGGGCCCAGCAAUCCAGGGUUCUAUAACUCGUCAUGAUAUCGACUCUCCACCCGUGUCAGAGCGUGUUGUCAGUAUUUACAAGUAUGAAGAUAUUUUCAUGCCUUCGGCUGCCUAUCAGACCUUCUCUUCUCCAUUCUGCUUGCUCCUCAUUGUUGCACUGACCUUCUAUUUAUUGAUGGGAACCCCAUGACCAAUGGAAAAUAGCAAGAAUUUGGCAGUGGAAGUUUCUCAGGAUGGACGGCUAUAUGGAUGGACAAUGCAUUUUUCUUUUGGAAUUUAUAUCACAUCACCAUCCUCAUCUAGCUGCUUUUGAACAUAGUUAGCUUCUCAGAAGAGUGAAAUAACCAUCUCCCUUGAGUGGCAGAGUGGUGACAAAUCAUUUAAGAAAAUCAGCGAACACACAGGAGAAUAUUUUCAGUGUUGUGAUUACUUACUUAAGGAAAAUGAGACUUUUGUAAAAUCAAUAUGUGUAUGUGUGUGUUUGUGUGUUUGGGAGGGGUGCCUGUAUGUCUGUUUAGGUGAAUUUAGUGAUGGACAUCUUAUCAA